AUGAAGCAGGAUUGUAAGAAUGUUUGUGUUGUCUUUUUUUAAGAUAACAAACAAUACAAGGGUCUGUUCCAGGCACUUUUUGGAAAGCGAUUAUAGGCCUUCAGCCCCCACAGGAAAGGCUUUACUGAGAACUAGCGUUGUACCCUCAGUAUUCAACUGGCGUACGAACACCAAGCAAAGACGAAAAGUAAUACGCCUUGUGAACAGGUAGGAUAUAUACAGUAAUCUAUCGACAGUCAUUUUCUUGAAAUCAACAUAAUGCGAGUAAAGCAUUGUAUGCAAAAUAUCUGAAAAUAUCUAAUGUAGUGAGUGGGAAUGCCAAAAAAAAAAAAAAACUAGUAUACACUGAUGUGCAGUAUGGCAGCAAAUUUGAAUAACUAUUGUUUGGAUAACUAUUCCUUCUUGUGAAAACGCUUUUGUUUCAAUGUGAACACAAGGCUUGUAGUUGUUCAAAUUUGCCACCACUUUUAUUCAUCGCGGAUCUGCUAAAAAGACUAUUUGUAUAUCAACUAUUGUAAUAUUUAUUCAUAAUAACUGUGAUGAAAUUAUUUUUUUGUAUUAGUGGCAGUCAAACUGAUAGCGAACGUGAAGCAAUCCCUGACGGCCCAAGCUUGAUGUUGAUGCCCCCGAUGCAGAACCUGAACCUGUCAACAUUGAACCUGUUGCAGAGAGCAAGGCUUCACUGGAAGUGGCCUAUGAAGCAGCCCAGAAGGAGAUUGAAAGCCUAA